CACACGCGAUUUUGCUACAUUUGUUUACUUUUUUUGUUAUAACAUCAAGUUAUGCAUAUAUUCUGUAUACAAAUCAUUAUGAAUGCACUUACUUUAAGAUGACAGUGGCACUGCUGAUAUGUCGUCGUUUAUGUGGUCAAUACUUUUGUAUGGGGCCCGAAAGUGUGCCCUACGGAAGUUUUGUUUUAUGUUUGUUGUUAUCUGUACAACCCUUAUUAUAGCUGUGGUCCUGAUUCUAUGGAGCUUACAUUGCUCAAAUUCAGAAGCUCGGGCUAUAAUAAGAGAUCUGUGUUUUCAUCAUCAGCGCGGGGCAGUAUUGGGGAGCAUGUGUGUUAACAUCUGCGAAAAGCCCAAUUUCAUCUUCAAACGCUGCAUGAAUUACAAUGAAGGUAAACAAGUUUAUCACGUGAAGUUGAAUGACAAUGACAUUGUCUUGAAGUCGGAACGACGCAGCUUUUACAACUUCCCCACUCUUGGCUACGAUCUUCCUAAUGGCAGCCACAUCUUUCCUUCCCUGCAGGAGUUUUCCCGAAUUGUCCGUGAAUCUUUGUGGCUCAACGCAAGGUUCAAUUUCUCUCACAUCAGUGACACUACCGCCCUUAAUAGCAUCUGGUCAAUGCAGUUUCAGCAGUUUGUAGGAAGUAGCGAAAGUUUGCACGCAGCGAUGCUGAGCUUAUGGUCGCUACUUCAACAGGACGAGUACGUGAUGCUGGUCAGACUGCUGCAUAACACGCACUUCCCACACGUUCUGGGUACCUGUGGGCAUUUCUACGCCAUCGAUUACAUUCCCUCCGAUGCGAUUCUCAGUCCGCGGCUCGUGACGGGCGGCGACGACUGGUCGUUGCGCGCGCACGUGGCCAGACAGUUCCUCGAGCUUGCCGCAUCUCUCGAUAGGGACUUCGGCGAGCGUGUGCACAUCUGUGACGUGAAGGCAGACAACUUUGGAUUGGGAGCUGAUCUCGGAGUGUACGUCAUCGAUGCCGACUCUGUGCUCGUAGACUCGAGGCUACGAGCAGAGUUUGCGUUCACGACGUCGAACGAGAAUUGUUCCUCGCACGAGGCCUGUUCAUUCUUCGACUGCUUGACUCUGUGCAACUUUGAGACAGGCUGGUGCCAGCCCCAGAGAAUCAAUAGUAACUUGCAGGUUAUUUGCAGAGACAUCUUUACUAGUCGAUUAAGCAAUGCACGCCGUGGCUUACUGAGGUCACCUCCGACUGCGAUAGCCAACAGGCUUGCAGUUAUUCUGAAAGAAUGUGUGAAUCUCAUAUCUGCUAGUAACGAGCAAGAGACAUAUAUUUACUCACAGCUAGACUCGCUGCUCAACGCAAAAGGAGCGCAACAACAUUGAGAUAAACCAUAAUUCAAUGGUAUCAGAUCUGUCACCUGGUCCAAGACAAUCAGUUGAUACUUAAAUAUCAUCAUCUGUGAUCAAGUAAAAUGGCAUAUCUAAAGUCAGAGGGAAUACACAUGAGGUAUUUCACAGGUUUUUGUCAUGAACCAGGCGUAAAACAUUGCUCGAAUGCAUGAGCAUCGUGUCUUUGUGUAUGUGUGUGCGUGCUUGCGUUCAAACAUAAACACUUCUUUUUGGUCAUAGGCGAGUUUCCUCUUGAUUUCAGGGUGUGUGUAGUCCUGUCUUAAAAACCUGUCUCCUGUUCUGCUGCUCGACUCCUAUACCCUCCCUCUUUCUCCAGUUUUCUUUUCAUUUUAUCUUCCUCGACUCUUACUUCCUAACUUUAUCUCGAUACUAUUGUAGUCUGUUCUGCUAUAACUACCCUGAUCAUUAUGCCCCUUUUGUCUGCAUAAUACCUAUAACAUAAAACUAUGUGAAAUAAAUGUGUAAUGUUCCGACGUGUGAGUCCAAUUUACGUUCACCAUCUCUGCUUCUAUGAACUAGUCAGAUAUAUGAGAAUAUGAAUAAAUCCAAAUAUACUUUACAGUUCUCGAUAAAGCACUAGUAUGAGAAGUACAGAGUUGCAUUAAUGUGUAUAUAAGCACUACUAUUAUAUAGCAGCAACUGUGGAAAUAUGUCACUGUAUACACUGUGCAUUUCAUACAAUCUUGCAGAUCAGACAAUGUCAGAGAAAUUUCAUAUACAAUCAUAGCAUGGUCUCUUAAAAUUAGUAAAUGUUUGAAAUGUAUGUCUUACAUAGCCAAUGUGUAUUCAUUGUAACAGGAGAGUAUAUUGUAGUCUAGUAUAUUAUUUUUACGUGACUACACGUGCACGUUGUGUUUUUGUACAAUAUAAGUGGUCAAUUGAUAAUAGCAGGGAAGUUUAGAAUUUAUGACAAUGAUAAAUAUGUAUUAAUUUUAUACAAAUAUUUUUAAUAAAACACUUAAUUCACAAAAACUAUUAUUGGCAUCUAACCUAAUAAUCUUUCCUAACUGAUUUCAUGUCGACAAUAUAUGACCUCUUUGGAAAUAUAUAUCUAACAAAUCUCACUCUUUCCAUAAGAGGAAACCUGCUGACAUUCGAAUCAUUGAAAGUCUGUCAUGAAGUUUACGAUUACUUAGCUAAUAUUUUAUGGUUAAUUCCAAUGGUUAUAAAUUCAAAACUUGACAGUGUAUUUUAUACAUAAUCUUAUGACAAUAGUAAAAUCAAUACCUGAGCAAAAAUUGGUCUAAACGGCACAUAUUUAUGAAGUAGCCAAAGGUAACACACUGCAACAGGUUAGUAGGAAAGAUAUCAAAUUGAAGUGCAUUAUAAUGAUUGUUAGGGCAAGGAACAAAAUACUAAAUCUAAUUAUAAAUUCCCAU